UUAAAGCACCGCUGGAAUGGUAACCUACAUAUUUGCGUCACCUUGUCAGCUCCUUGAAUAUUUAAAGCAACGCUGGAAGUCAUCUGUCAGUCACUAGACACAGCAGAGACAGUGCAUGCUUCUUUCACCUUUUCUUAACCUCAGGUGGGAAAAUGUUCACUCCAGCAGCAGGCUUCUGUCUGAUCAUCGCGAGCUUGGGUUUACCUGGCCUUGCAAGCAGUCUUCAAGUUUGCCAAACAACAGAUGGAAACCCUUGUUAUGGAAGACAAGAUGGGCUGUACCCCACACCCGAUGAUCAAUAUUCAUAUUACAACUGUGUUUCGGGAUACACUCACUACAAAAAAUGCCCAGAAGACUUGGUAUAUAUGCAUUCUAUAACCGCUUGUUCUUAUCCCGGAUCAGCUGAAUCCAGCAGUUCAUCUCAAGAAGAAAAUUGUGAUGAAGGACAAAUGAACACAACUUCAAUGACUACAACUAGUUCCCCCACUCCGAUGACUACCACUGUGACCACCAGAUCAAAUGAAACCAGCACUACAGUUCCCGGAUCAGAUACAACUACCGGUACAACUUCCAGAUCAAAUGAAACCAGCAGUACAGUUCCCGGAUCAGAUACAACUACCGGUACAACUUCCAGAUCAAAUGACACCAGCAGUACAGUUCCCGGAUCAGAUACAACUACCGGUACAACUUCCAGAUCAAAUGAAAGCAGCAGUACAGUUUCCGCAUCAGAUAAAACUACCGGUACAACUUCCAGAUCAAAUGACACCAGCAGUACAGUUUCCGCAUCAGAUAAAACUACCGGUACAACUUCCAGAUCAAAUGACACCAGCAGUACAGUUUCCGCAUCAGAUAAAACUACCGGUACAACUUCCAGAUCAAAUGACACCAGCAGUACAGUUUCCGCAUCAGAUAAAACUACCAUUACAACUUCCAGAUCAAAUGACACCAGCAGUACAGUUUCCGCAUCAGAUAAAACUACCGGUACAACUUCCAGAUCAAAUGACACCAGCAGUACAGUUUCCGCAUCAGAUAAAACUACCGGUACAACUUCCAGAUCAAAUGACACCAGCAGUACAGUUUCCGCAUCAGAUAAAACUACCGGUACAACUUCCAGAUCAAAUGACACCAGCAGUACAGUUUCCGCAUCAGAUAAAACUACCAUUACAACUUCCAGACCAAAUGAAAUCAGCACUACAGUUCAGGCAUCAGAUAAAACUAACAGUACAGUCUCCAGAUCAGCUAAAACUAUGACAUAUUUUAUGCCAUAUAUGGCGCAUAUUGCAUUCAUUUUUGUGUUCUGUAUAGAAAUUUAAAUGAAAGAAAAGACAAAAAUAUACCAUAAAUACUCAUAAUGCAACAUUUUUAGAGGGUUUUGAUGAACUUACACUAGUGUAGAGUGAAACAUUUUCUAACACUGUUUUAUUAGCUGAAUUGAUCUAUAAUAUAGGGAAAAUAUAAAUGUAAAAUAAAGGUUGAGUAUAAUAUUAAUGUUCUUUUCCCACCGUUAAAGACAACCAAAAUGUAUUUAUUAAGUCAUUUUAAUAAUGAUUCAUGCUGUUAUUCAUGACAAUUGCAAGAAAAUAAAUGUUUUAAUCUAUAUGGACUCUUAGCCAUUACUGAACCAA